UUUUAGAAUGGCAUCGGACUCGGCAAAAAGAAGAAUAAAAAGAAAUACACAAUUCUUAAGAAUGCUAAUAAUUAGUGCAGUAGCGAUUGGCGCAUGCACAGUCAUUGGAAAUAGAAUAUUUAGAAGAACAUUCCUAAGUAUUCCAUUAGUUGCUUCUAUAAUAGUUGAGGCCAUUAUACUGGGGAUCCUGGGAUACUUAGUAAACCCAAAAUUCAUAAAAACCAGCAGAGGCCUUGAAAUAAAGGAUGGUGGUGUGGAUCUGCAUGGCAGAGGGCUUAUUCGUAUUUUCAUAGACAUGCUGUAUACAUUCUAUGCAGUAGAAGUACUUGGUAUAUUCUUCGGGCGCAAGGCAUUCAUUCUUAUGCUAAUUAUUCCUGUAACUGCCUACUAUGAAAUAUUCAGGCGGAUGACUGUACAGAAAAAAACACAAUAA